AUGCACUUCGCUGUGUUUGCCUUCUUGUUGGUCUCUGUAACCGGUUAUCCUAUAAAUGAUGAACUACUGCUUCCAUUUAGUAUUAUUGGAGAUAUGGAUUCACUUUCGAGAGAUGGUGAUAUCUGGUACAGUCCAAUGUCAAUAGGAACUCUUGCGUUGAACGCGAACAGAACAACCGCCUUCGUGCAUUGGACAUCAUCCCAUAACUAUACAUCGAAGCUAAACUAUGAUAAUAGAGGAAUGGAAUUGAGUGAUUUAAAGUACUAUAAUGGAAAAUUGAUGGCAGUUGAAGAUAAAACUGGAGUCAUUUACUGGUUAUGGGCUUUGGCGGUGUGCUGGACGACAGCACCUUUUUGCAAUGUAUGGGAAGCUUUUGCUAUAUAA